GAGUGUGUUUUAAAAAACAUUUUUACUUGGAUGUUUUAACAUGGUGGAAUCCCACACAGCUGUAAAUUUGUCAUUAUUUUUAAAUAAUUGUUUUAAAGACUGGAAUAUAACAUCAGCAAUCGUCAUGAAUCAAAAUUGGCGCCAUAUUCGCCAUAUUCCCUGUUUAGCGCACAAAUUAAAUCUAAUUGCACAAUCUGGACUAGGUGAAAUAAAAAACGUUCACAAAAAAGUAAAAAACAUCGUUGAAUAUUUUAAACGAAGUACAAAAGCAAAUUUAAAACUUAAAAAUGCACAAAAACAAAUGGGAUACCCGGAAUUAAAGUUAAUUCAAUACGUUUGUACGCGGUGGAACUCCAUGUAUGACAUGUUUCAACGGUGUAUCGAUAAUAAAGAACCUCUUAUGAGUACAAUUGCAAUAAUAGGUAAUAUGGAUAAUUUAGUACACGAAGACUUUGAACUAAUAAAACACUACUGUGCGAUAUUUAAACCGUUUAAAGAAGUUACUAUCGAACUAAGUAGUGAAAAAGGCAUUUCGAUUUCAAAAGUGUUAAUUUUAAUAAAAGCAUUACAUUUACAUAUAAAAAAUAAAGAAAAAGAACCAAAUUUACCAAAUGCUAUACAUUUGAUGCUUUCUAAAAUGGUAAUAAAAGCCAAUGCUAAAUUUGAAAAUAUCGAAAACCAGCCUGUUUUAACAGAAGCAACUAUUUUAGACCCACGGUUUAAAAAAAAAGCAUUUAAUAAUCAGUAUACAUAUCAAAAAACAUACGAAAAGAUAGUACAAAAAGUUGCAACAAUUAUUCGUUUAAAUCAAAGUCCAGUAGAAAAUGAAGAAAAUAAGAAAACCAUACCGACCUAUCGUGGAAACGAAACUUUUGAAAUUUGGCAACAGUUUGACUCUCAGGUGUCUACUUCAACUUCAGUCAACACACCAACAUCUGAGGCUAUUGUGGAGUUGGAUAGAUAUUUGAAUGAACCUAUACUGGACCGAAAAUUAGAUCCUCUUAAAUGGUGGAAUGACAGAAAAAAAAUCUAUCCAAAUUUAUUUGAUUUGAUGUUAUUGCGUUUGUGUGUACCAUCAACAUCAGUUCCAAGUGAAAGGGCCUUUUCAAAAGCUGGCUACACCAUUUCCGAAAGACGUAAUAGAUUGUCAACAAAAAACACGGAAAUGUUGAUAUUUUUAAACAGUAAUUAUUAAAUACUAUUAUUUAAUUUUUAAUUUUUAUCCAUUUUAGGCUUAGGCAAGUAACUAAGUUAAUUUUAGAAGUUUGAGUUUAUUUAUUUUAUUGUUAUUUUUUUUUUCUAGGGUAAA